CUGCUAAGAAACACUCGUCCACGCGGACCCCGGGCUUUUACGUGCACUCGCUCUCGCGCACCCUCGCGAUAACGGCGCCCGCCGCGCUCUGCCACCGGAUUCUCUUUAUCAGUGGUUCAGUUCCGAGGCACGGACCGCGCGGUCUUGUGACUAGCACGUGACACCCCGUGACCAGGAUUUUCGAACGUGUCCACUACGCCGCGUAGUGUUACGUCAGUUUCUCGGGCCAGUGGUUAAAACAAAACUGUGAUCCCGGGUCUGUGCUUCCAGCCGCGUGGCCGAACGACACUGUAUACGCCUCGCGUUUCCCUCGGCCUCUCGUCGGGAGGGAGGAGGACGCCGCCGCCGCACGCCGGUGCUCUCGCGAGAUAUUCGUUGCCGGCUGUUGUGUGCAGUGAGCCCGGUAUAGUUAGACGCGUGCCGAAAACUCGGGAGAAGAGCGCAAGGUCGCCGCCGGUCGUGGUGCGAUCCGGACAGUGACUCGAUCGUUUCCCGCGGCCGUGAUAUCGGCACGCGAACCGCUCGGAGGCCGGCCCGCACGCCGUCCGCCGCGGAUCUCGCGGCCCUCCGCGGGGCGUCGCGCGUUUUUUCCGCUGUCGCAGUUUCUCGGCCGAGAGAGCAGCCAGUGAUUACUCAUCGGGCGACGGGAUCGGACGCCGCGGCCGCGCGCGUAAAGUGAGUGACUAGUUCGGAGUGCCACCGCGAGGGCUUCCACUGCAGGUGUCACGCCGCCGUGAAGACAUUGACCGUGACAUUCGAGAGACAUCCGCGCGGUGAUACAGUGAAAACGCAACGGCGGCGAGCCGGCCGAACAACCGACUCACGCGGUCUCGUUAUACGAAGCGUUUCGAAGCGUUUCGAUCCUCGCGCGAUCCCCGGCUGUCUACGAUCCUCUCGUGCCCCAGGCACAGGCUCUCGAUCCCCGACACCGCGAUCCAGGACGAUCUCUUCGCCCGGCAGAGCCCAUGUGCCCGCGUGUUCCGUGAAUGAAGCCGGUCGGCACGAUCGUCGGGGAAUUUUCACGAGAGCUGCCGUGACCCGCGACCGCGGGGUGAAUCGAUUAAACGUGGCUCACACGGCCAGGGACAGGGCCGCCGAACUCCAGGCGGAAGUCAGGAGCGCGAUCAGGGUGCUACAUGGUUGGUGCCCCAGGCCGCCCCAGGGGCACCGCGGUGACACGGUUGUGAUGCCACCGCAGACGCAGAUGCGUGCGAACCAUCGGAAUGCGGGACCAACGCAACCACCGCCAGCCACCGUGGUAGUCAGCUCCACGUCCAGCAUGAGACCGCCACCCCCGCCGCCGCCACCCAGGGCCAGGGCCUCCAACGAGGGAAAGGGACAUCACGAGGAGCCCACCAGCUCCAUCCCCGAUCUUGAAUUCGACGGGACCACGGUGUUGUGCCGCGUUUGCGGGGACAAGGCGUCCGGUUUUCACUAUGGGGUACACUCGUGCGAGGGCUGCAAGGGAUUCUUCCGGCGGAGCAUUCAGCAGAAGAUUCAGUACCGGCCCUGCACCAAGAACCAGCAGUGCAGCAUCCUGCGAAUCAACAGGAACCGCUGCCAGUAUUGUCGUCUCAAGAAGUGCAUUGCUGUCGGCAUGAGUCGUGAUGCGGUGCGAUUCGGCCGUGUGCCCAAGCGCGAGAAGGCCAGGAUUCUGGCUGCCAUGCAGCAAAGCUCCCACAGCCGUUCUCAAGAGAAGGCAGUAGCGGCCGAGCUGGAGGACGAACAACGGCUGCUCGCCACCGUUGUGCAAGCUCACCUCGACACAUGCGACUUCACCAGGGACAAAGUGGCUCCGAUCCUCGUGCGAGCUCGAGAGACACCCAACUACACCGCGUGUCCACCCACCUUGGCAUGCCCCCUGAACCCUAACCCCCAACCACUGACCGGCCAGCAAGAGCUGUUGCAAGAUUUCUCGAAGAGGUUCUCACCGGCGAUCCGCGGCGUGGUGGAGUUCGCGAAACGCAUUCCUGGCUUCAGCCUGCUGGCACAGGACGACCAGGUCACGCUGCUGAAAGCGGGCGUGUUCGAGGUGUUGCUGGUGCGGCUGGCCUGCAUGUUCGACGCUCAAACGAACAGCAUGAUCUGCCUGAACGGGCAGGUGCUCAAGCGAGAGUCCAUCCACAAUAGUAGUAACGCGCGGUUCCUAAUGGACUCGAUGUUCGACUUCGCCGAGAGGGUGAACUCGUUGCGGCUGUCGGACGCCGAGCUGGGCCUCUUCUGUUCGGUGGUGGUGAUCGCCGCGGACAGGCCCGGUCUGCGCAACACGGAGCUCGUCGAGCGCAUGCACAACAAGCUGCGGAACGCUCUCCAAACCGUGCUGGCGCAGAACCAUCCCCAGCACCCGGACAUCCUCAGGGAAUUGCUCAAGAAGAUCCCGGACCUGCGAACCCUCAACACCCUCCACUCGGAGAAGCUGCUGGCGUUCAAAAUGACCGAGCAGCAGCAGCAGAUGCAGCAGUUGCAGCAGCAUCAGCAGCAACAGCAGCAAACGCAACACGUGAUCAACGCUCAACAACCGCAGCAGCAGCAGCAGCAGCAGCAGCAGCAACAACAACAGCAACAGCAACAGCAGCAGCACUGGCCGAUGGAGGAGGAGCCGUCGGCAUCCUGGGGCUCCGCGUCGGACGUGACGCUCGACGAGGCCGUCAAGAGUCCCCUGGGCAGCGUGUCCAGCACCGAGAGCACCUGCAGCGGCGAGGUCGCGUCGCUGACCGAGUACCAUCACGUGGCUCCGCCGAGCGGGCACCACGCGUCCAGCGCGCCCCUUCUUGCCGCCACCCUGGCCGGAGGCCUCUGUCCGCACCGGCGACGAGCGAACUCCGGCAGCACGAGCUCCGGCGACGACGACCUGCACCGCGCCUCGUUGUCCAAGACGCCCCAGCCGCCGCAGUGCCCGCGAUUCCGCAAACUGGACUCUCCGAGCGACAGCGGAAUCGAAUCCGGCACCGAGAAACCCGACAAGCCGGCCAGCAGCAGCGCGAGCAGCGCGCCGACCUCGGUCUGCUCCAGCCCGCGAUCGGAGGACAAGGAAGUGGAGGACAUGCCGGUGCUGAAGCGCGUGCUCCAGGCGCCGCCGCUCUACGACACGAACUCGCUGAUGGACGAGGCGUACAAGCCGCAUAAAAAGUUCCGCGCUCUCCGGCAGAAGGACAGCGCGGAGGCCGAGCCGGCCGUGAUCGUGCAGCACACGCAGUCCCAGCUGCACCUGCACCUGACCUCGCCGCCGGCACGGAGCCCGUCGAGCCAAGUGCAGGCCCAGUGUCCGCAGACCGCCAGCCUGCUCAGCAGUACGCACUCGACCCUGGCCAGGAGCCUGAUGGAGGGCCCCCGGAUGACCGCCGAGCAGCUGAAGCGCACGGACAUCAUCCACAACUACAUCAUGCGCGGCGAGACCAGCCCCAGGUCGCCGGCGGUGUCGCCGUCGCCGGCCGAGCAAUGCGCCUCGACGACCACCAUCACCGCGCGCUCACCUCAAGGAUCUCAAGGACUGCUGCAGUGCGCCACCGCUAACUACUCGACGACCAGGUGGCCGGCCACGUCGGUGAUCACGACGACGACCGGCGCCCGGCAGCAGCAACAGCAGCAGCAGCAGCAACAACAACAGCAGCAACAACAGCAACAUCAACAACAGCAACAACAGCAGUCUUCCUCGGACUACCUCAUGGUCGGGAACUCGCCGGUCUCGUCGCCCAAAUACCUCUCCGCGGCGGCCUCGAGUAGUACGAGCACGAGUCCGAGGCCCACAUCGAGUACGGCGGCGACCUUGAUGCUGUCCGGCUGUCCCAGCAACAUGAUGGAGCUGCAGGUGGACAUCGCCGACAGCCAGCAGCCGCUCAACCUGUCGAAGAAGUCGCCGUCCCCGUCGCCCAGGCCCCUCGUCGGACCCUGCAAAGCGCUGUCCCUCGAGGCGUAGUGCUCUCGCGACGAGAUCGCUGCAGCCCGCCGAGACCGUUUGUAACGCUCCCGCGGGACACUCGGACCCGAGAAAUACAGAAGAGAGAGAUUGAGAGAGAGAGAGAAAGCGAGAGAGAGAUAGUGAGGGAGGGAGAGAGAGAGAAAGAGAGAGCGAAGGAGAGAGAAUGAGAGAGAUAGAUUGAGAGAGAGAGAAGAGGGCGAUCCGGCUGCUGACCCAAUCGUGGCCGCGCGCCGCUUCUCGCACCGGGGGAAGAAAAAAAGUAUGAAAGUGCCAGGACGCUCUGAGCGCGUGAUAAACCAAAUAAUUUAUUAAUUUAAACUAUUAAUCGCUAAAGAAAACCUGCGCGACGACACGAUAAUGGGAGACGGCGGUGGGUGGCGGAGUCGCGUCCCGGGCCUACCUCCGCCUCGGCGAGCAGCGAGUCUGAUUCACGAUGGAUUUCUGUUUUCCAAUGAUGAGAAAGAAUUGUGCGGUGAGAACGCGGAACAUGGACACGGGACAGAGUGCCGUUCCGGGGAGCAAAACAGUGCCGUGUGUAGGAUUUACCUGUCUACCUAAGGGAAGCUACCUAAUCCGUUUACCUAACUACCACCUUUUAUCAGCUAACCGAGCUACGCCGGCCGAUCUUAUCCGGGAUCUGGACGGUCCCGCCGGAUAGCGUCUCACGUCCGAGGUAAGCCCCGGUUCCCCCGGGGGCCGAGCCGCCGGUGAGAAUUAUGAAACAAGGAGGGAAGAGAUCAGUUAAAAAAAAAAAGAUUGAAUGUUAAACGGAAAUUAAUAAUCUAUCUACAUGUGAUAAUCAUGGAAAUCGCGCAUCCUGUACAGUCUCCACCUCAUUCAUCGAUCAUCUUACUCUACUAUAAUUAUUGAAUAUUAUAAAAGUAAUUAAUAUUAUUGUAAUAUGUGUAAGGUAUAAUAAUCGUAAAAGUUAUCAUCUUGUGUAUGUGCGCGUAGGGAACGAAGACACGUGUGUCGUCUGCGUGCGUCUGUGUGCGGAGAGAAUCUGAGAAAUUGAGAGCAAGAGAGAGAGAGAGAGAGAGAGAGAGA